AUGGAUCGUCUAGUCAACCGUCUGGAUCUUCAGGGUAGAGGUCUCGCACCUCCAGGGAGAAUUCCGACCCGAGCCUUGGUUUCUCUUUUGGCCAUAUUAUACGCCGUUCUCGACAAGAUCGUCACCCCCUUCGCUCAACCCUUCUCUCUCAACAAUGCAUCGCUCCAGUAUCCCUAUGCCGACCCUGAAAGGGUCCCCAUAUGGCUCGCCCUUGUUAUCUCUGGUCUCUUCCCCGGAGCUGCUAUUGCCGUCUAUACUUUAUUUCUCGAUGGCCUCUUCUCACACCAUCGCCGUACCACACGUACUCGUACCAAGUACACCUUCUGGGACCGACUAUGGGAACUCAAUUGUGGCUGGUUAGGUCUUUUACUCGCCCAAGGCGCUGCGUUCGUCAUCACUGGAUCUCUCAAAAAUCUUAUCGGCAAGCCUCGUCCUGACAUUAUUGCCCGGUGCAAGCCCGACCCAGCAAAAGUCGACGCCCUAGCCGUCUUUACUCUGGCAACCAAAGCACUGUGCACCGAGACAGACGAGCACAUUAUGCAAGAUGGUUUCCGAUCAUUCCCAUCCGGCCACUCAUCCAGCAGUUUCGCCGGCCUCUUUUACCUGUCUCUUUAUCUCGCUGCAAAACUCCACGUUCUCGAUCAACGUGGUGAAGUUUGGCGAACGUUCGUCGUCCUGAUACCAACCCUCGCAGCCUCCUGUGUCGCCGGCUCCAGAAUCAUGGAUGCUCGUCAUCACCCAUUCGAUGUCCUCUUUGGGUCGUUACUCGGCAUCCUCGUCGCAUGGGCCAGCUAUCGCCAGUACUUCCCGCCAGUGCAUCACGUGUGGGAAAAGGGUCGUGCAUACCCUAUGCGAACGUGGGGAACUCCGAUUCGACGACCUGUUCGUGGCAAGGUUCUCGUCGACAGCGAAACACUCGAAGUCCUGGAUGACCGCAUACCUGUAUCAGGCGAGGAUGACGACGACUCGCGCUACGAAAUGGAGUUUGGCACCAACAAUGGUGGUGUAGGAGGUCCCCGGCACGCAAAGCCAGAGUACUCGACGGCUGGCCUGAACCGAGGCGAUCUGGACAUCGAGACAGGGUAUCCAUCCCGAACAACGUCAAGGCAGGAUACAUUCUCAACCGUUCCCGUGCCAGCGUCCCUGAAACCAUCAAGUACGGGCAAUGCUUUCCGCGAACAGAUGGAACAGAAUCGACGAAUGAGGACCGGUGGCACCGCCAGUAGUCCUGAGCGGGAAGGGGAUAUACACGAGGACGAUCCGCUGCAGCGAACACGGGACUGA